AACACAGGAAGUGUAGUGAAGCCAGUGGUGCAUAGAGGUCUGUGUUGCUCAGUGCCAGUAGUACAUGUGAGCAUCCUGCAGACAGUCCUCCUACACCCAUACACACUGCUGCUUCUGCAUAACAGGGAUUAUUAUCUUUUAUUGGCUGAGUACCUACCUCUCCCUUACCUGCAGGUGUCAGUUUGUGGAGCUGGUGCUGAGCACAGAGGAAUAACACAGGCAUAGGGAGCCUUUGCCCACAGGAGCUUACAGUCUAGUGGCAGUGCGUGGGAAAGUGAAUUGGUGCAAACUCUACUGAGCCUGGAGCUUGAACUGCAAUCAGCAUCCUCAAAAGCCGCAGUGCCAUGGCAGCCCUGAAGUACGCAGGCCUGGAUGAUACAGAUAGUGAGGACGAGCUGCCGCCCGGCUGGGAAGAGAGGAGUACAAAGGAUGGCUGGGUGUACUUUGCCAACCACUUAGAUGAAAAAACCCAGUGGGAGCACCCGAAAACUGGAAAGCGGAAGAGAAUUGCUGGAGAUCUUCCAUAUGGCUGGGAGCAAGAAACUGAUGAAAAUGGACAGAUAUAUUUUGUCGACCACUUGAAUAAGAGGACUACUUACCUGGACCCAAGACUUGCUUUUACUGUUGAAGAUCAACCUGCAAAGAUAAGCACCAGACAGAAGUAUGACGGCAAUACUACAGCCAUGGAUACCCUCCAGGGCUGCGAUCUGUCGGGGAAGGUGGUGAUCAUUACUGGAGCCAACACUGGAAUUGGAUUUGAAACUGCUCGAUCUUUGGCCCUUCAUGGAGCCCUCGUUAUAAUGGCCUGUAGAGACCCGCAGAAGGCAGGUGAAGCCAAGCGUCGGAUAGUAGAAGAAUGGCAUAAAGCUAAGGUGGAAGUUAUGAGCCUGGAUCUAGCUUCUCUGAGCAGUGUGCAAAGCUUCGCUGAGGCCUUUCGGAGCAAGAACCUGCCUCUCCAUGUGCUUAUUUGCAAUGCUGCGGUCUUUGCGGUUCCCUGGCAACUGACCGAAGAUCACCUUGAAACGACUUUCCAGGUCAAUCACCUCGCCCAUUUCUAUCUGGUCUCUCUCCUGCAGGAUAUACUGCGCCAUUCCGUCCCAUCCAGAGUGAUCGUGGUGUCCUCAGAAUCACACAGAUUCACAGAAAUUAAAGAUUCAUCGGGGAAACUUGACCUCAACCUGCUUUCCCCAUCUAAGAAGGACUACUGGGCCAUGUUAGCGUACAACCGUUCCAAGCUGUGCAAUGUUCUCUUCUCCAAGGAGCUGAACCGACGCCUCUCUCCCCAUGGGGUGACAUCCAAUGCCCUGCAUCCAGGAAACAUGAUGUAUUCCUCCCUUCAUCGGAACUGGUGGGGGUACACUUUACUGUUUGCUUUGGUUCGACCCUUUACAAAGUCCAUGCAACAAGGAGCUGCCACAUCUGUCUACUGUGCAGUCUCCCCAGAUCUGGAGGGCCUUGGAGGGAUGUACUUCAACAACUGCUGCCGCUGCCUGCCAUCACAGCAGGCCCAGAGAGAGGAGACGGCCGAGGCCUUGUGGGAGCUGAGCGAGAGGCUUAUCCAAGAACGAGUUGGCAGCCAGUCCAAAUAGCAGGGAGCCGCAGUUAGGAUCAAAACACACGGAGUGUGUGUACUAGGAAUCUGCCAGCGCUGGAACCUUUCCAACCCUAUCAUCAAGAGGGUUUCUCUAUACCUCUGAUACAGAUUAACUAGUGUUAAAUGGAAUAAUAGCAGUCACAACAUAGUGAAAAAUGUUAAGUACUAGUGGGAAAUAGGGAAUUCUGCAGGGUUAAAGGGACAAUAUCUCUUUCUUGGUGGUGGUUAAGCUCAUUCCUUUGUCUUAAAAUUAGGAAGUUUUCAAAAUGGAGCAAAGAUUCUUCAUAAAAUAAAUUACAUGAUGCUGAAUGACAGCUGCCCUUCCCCCGACUCUCAAUAAGGGACCUGCCAAACUUCAUGUAUAUGAUCUGAUUAAAAUGGGAUAUUUAAGUUCAUGACUUUGCAGACAAUCACAUUUCCUCCCUUCCACAGUUGUAAACACAAAAAUAUUGCACUGAGUAUGGCCAGGCUGCCAUCCGUCCAUGUCAACACUUUUUUUUUUUGUUUGACUGGGAUGAAAAGAUUUAUUUUCACGUAACCAUCGUACAUCAAGAAAGGAGCAUGCAAAAUAUUACAGAUGCCACUUUACAUGCAGCAAAGUGGUGUAUUGGCAAUAAACAUGUAAUUGUAUCUUUAUGUUUGGAGGUGUCUUGAGUGCAACACAAUGACACCACUCAAAAUGUUUCCAAAUGACAAAAAUUUUUACGAAUGUACCCUUCCUUUACACAAGUGUACAUUAAGAGUGUAAGACCGACACUACACAUACAGUACCGGUAAUAAUUAGCAUUGCCGUAACCUAAAAUAUAAAAAGGAUAUUUAUAUAUUAAUGUUACAGGGGACAGUUACCCCCAUUCCGCUACUACCUUGCAAGAGGGUUCCUUGGGGUAAAAUAGCUUUUAGGGGAACAAAGUUCACACUGUAACAUUUUACCACAUUCUUUUAGAUUACAUACUGUUAAAGUUUUGAAUGUUAAAUGUCUUUCUGACUUGCACAUUUAAUGUCAUGUUGCUUGACUUUUUUUUUUUUUUUUAGACUAUGUCUAUCUAGACAUACCCUGGAAGAAUAUGGGUCUCUUUCUAGUUACCUUCAAACUUUAAUAUUGGUCCCUGUUCCUCAACUUAUCUACUCUACAUUUGUAAUUAUAAUUGUUGUGUUUUCUAUAUCUGCUGGUCUACCAAUCACUAGAAUAAAGUAAAGCAUCUAUUCUGA